AUUUAUUGUGGGAUUUUUCAUUUAAAAUAGUUUUCUAGGGAAAUUACUGUGACAGUGAUUUAAUUGUUUAAUUAAAAUCUGACAUUGAUGACAACAUAAAUACAAUAGGCACGAGGUGAUACAGGCAUUAAAUAAGUGCAAUUGUGGAAUACAUCCAUAGAGUACUCUGAGCACAUGGAGCCGCUCACAAAGAAAUGAUGUUCAAUAUUUAUCAGGUUAGUGACUCCUAAUUAAAUGCCAAGACUUUUUUCUUCAUUUCUCUCAAAAAGCCAAGAAACAUAUAGAUGUAUUCCAAGUGUUUAUUUCCAUGGCAAACACAUCCACUUGUGUUAUGGCCUGCAAAACAAGCAAAUGCCCGUUACAAACCUGCUGUCUGACUGAGGGCUGUUUACUCAGCCUGACUGCAGCAGCCCUGCCAGCUUUGGGGACAGCUGGAAUAGCCCACAGAGGUCCUGUCACUCCCACUGCCCAGAGCACAAUGUCUUUUGAUAAUCAGGUAAAAACCCCAGAAAUACAUGGGAGACAAAAGAAUAAAUGUUCCUUUGAACAUGCCCCCCAGCCCAAAGCUCCCCAAAUCCUACAGCAUUUCUUCUGGAGCAGCAGUCUGAACCCUGCAGCAUCCCCACGUCUCAGGAAUAAGGGGAGCAGCCCCCCCGGCAGCUGAGGCAAACAUGACUCCAGAAGAAAUCCCUGCUGUCUGCCUGAAAUUGCUCAGCAGUGUGGCUCUCCAGCCGUGCUGCAUUUCUGCAUCCCAACAAUGACUGUGCUGCUGCUGGAAUAUCCCUUCCAUGCUUCUUGCUGGGCGUCUCUAAAUGGUAUCAACUGACUUGUGCGGCUCAGCGAGCCCCGUGCAAUCCCUCGCUGCCCUUUCCCCUCGCAAAGCCACAACAAACACAUCAGCUCCAGCUCCAUUCCCCUCAGCCUUCCCCCUUUCCUGCCCAACUCCACACAAGCAAACUUUCCAAAGGAAGGGCGAGCUUACCUGGCCAGGGCUUUGGGCAUGGAGUCAUACAAACUGAUCAAGGCAGACAUCCUAACUCCAGCCCAGGGAUUUGAUUGCAAAUUUCCAUUGCAAAGGAGCAGAGGGAACUGGAAAUCUGACAAAUGCCUUCAAAUUGACCUGUGUUUCCACAAUGCACGCAGUGUUUAAAAUGAAUGGCAGACUUUAUCAUUUGGAGCUCCUUCAAGGACUCUGGCCUUCCAUGCUUUGUUCUGAUUCUUCAGACACAUUUCCAAGAAGCACACAGCUAUGGAAUUGGAUGAUAUUACGGAGACUUUUUCUGAGCUGGAUCUCCCCACUCCCAACAAUAAUUUUUAAAGCCUGGAUUUUAAAAGAUAGCCUGGAACUCUUUUUUAGCUCUCCCCAUACCUCAGCCCCUUGUGCCCCGUCAGCCUCUGGCACGGCAGAGCCUUGGCCCAGUCCCCCCGUGCUGGGCGGCGAGCAGCGGGAUUUGCUCGAGGAUCCCGAAAAAUUGUGCCGAGCCCAGACCUGUCACCACAGCCCUGUGCAAAUCCAGCCCACCCCUGCCUGCUGAGCCCUUGCUGAGCCCCUGGCAGGCAGGUCAUGUCUCCGGGGAAGGACCUGAUCUCCCUGCAGAACCCGGGAACCGAAGCUGCUCACCCCCGCUUUGCACAUUAGAGAUAACACCCGUCCCUGCUGAGAGUCCUGUCCAGAAAGCCAUAUUCACUGCCUUGGAAAAACAUUUUGCUUCAAAGUUGUUCCUCUUAAUUUGUAGACAUUUCUACAAAUAAUAACUUCCCUUUAAAGCACCACUAUUCGUUCCAUCUGUUCAAAAUAACAUAGAAAUGAAAUGAUUCAAAUCUUUGCGCAAAUACAUCAGAUAUGCCAUGAGACAAAAAAAUGGGUUAAUCUAAUAAUUCAGCUGUGUCUUUAGCAAGUUUCCUAUGGGAAAAAUCAGUCUUAUUUUCCCUGCAGAUCUGAUACUAAGAGCUUCUUUCUGCUAAGCACAUUAAAAGCUAUUUGAACCCAAAAUCCCAUCUAUGCAUAUGCAGAGAUACACAUAUAGAAACAAGAGGCACCCACACAAUUACAGAUGAGGCUGUAUCAAAAUUUCUAAUUAAAGUAAGGGAAGCUCUUUUUUAUAUUUUAGCAAGCAGAUUGUCUUUUUGCCUAGAACAAAGAAAUCUUAGGGGAAGUAAAUUUUUUAGAGAAGACACACGUGCACAUACACUUAACCAUACCUAACAAUUUCUGUACGAAUUAUCCCUUAAUUCCUUGGCUGCGUUUCGGCGUUUGCGUAGUGGUUUAUCCGCCGGUCCUGCGGCCGUCACUUGUUCCUUCCCUUCUUUUCACACACAGCCUCCCCUCAUCACCUCUUUUUGCAACCUGGAGAACUGGGAGCUCUCUGUGUUUCCCCAGCCUGCAGACAUCUGUGUCCAGGACGAGGGGCAGACCUCUGCCCCGUGCUCGUCUGCUGUUUCCCUUCGCAGCCUGAGCUCCUGCCUUGCCAGGAGGGGAGGGAGAGAUGUCCUAGGACUUGACCCCGGGGCAGAGCGUGCUCGGGCUGGAGCAGCUCCCAGGAGGGUGGGGGGCCGAGGGCGCACGCCCCUCUCCCCGCUUAACCCCUCCGCUGCUCGGGCCGGCCUGUGCCCCGCUCCGUGCCGGGCACCCGGCUGCUCCCGAGCGUGACCGAGAAGAAAAGCCGGAGCAGCGAGGGGCUGUGGCAGCAGGGCUGCGCGCAGCACGGCCGGGGGAGCAGCGGGAUCCGCGAGCAGGGGAUGUUUGGUUUGUGUUAACUACCCAGACAGAUGCACUUCGGCAUGUUUGCCUUUAUGGGAUCCAUAUGUUGUCAUGGGAAAUUAGAGGACAGCGGCGCACGGCUCGAAUUCUCGAUGCGAGCGCGGAGACAACAUCCCCGGCUCAGCCCGCGCCGCUGCCGCCCCUCCGGAGGUGCCUGUUUCUGGAGCAUCCACAGCCACUCCUUCGCUCCCCAACUUCCCCACGCGCUUCCUUUCGCUUUGCUCUGCAAAAAGUGCGGCCACAGGCAGCACCCGCAGCCUGGGCCACCGGAUCCACAGCCUCAGGGGACAAGAGGCACUUUCCUAAGUUAUCCCAAGUGCUAAAGACAAGGGUUACUUUAUUCUCGCCUCAACUUCUUCCUCAACCCACGUUUGGUUCACGUUCAGCAAGAACAACAGCUACAAAUGACAUGCACCUUCCCAGGCAGCGCACCAAGCAGCCCCGAAAAAUUCUGAUUCCCAACAGGGCUCCAUGGUUUGGGGCUUGGUUGGUUUUUGUUUUGGAUUUUUUUUUUCCCUUGAGGUUGUUUUUUUUUUUUAGGGUUCAGGCUUUUUUUUUUUUGUUUGUUUUUGUUUUGGUGGGGUUUUUUGGGUUGGUUGUUUCGCUUUUUUUGAAAGAUUAGAACAUUUACAAUUAUUCUCCCAUAAAACCAGACAGACAUGUAUCAAGCAGGGACUGAGAGAUUUUUAAGGGCAGCUUUUAAACACAAACUAGUCCCCCUCUGGAGUCAAUCCGAGCAUCAGGACUCCCACACAGCACGCCUGGGUCACUGGGCACACCAGGGCUGCAGGUACAACAUCCACAGAACCGUGGCACCUACCGAACCCUGACUCUUAAAACCUGCCACUUUCUCCUCAAUGCAAGACACUUCCAGCAAGGCAUCAACAGUACAGUCAAAUUCCUGAUCACCCGUCCUCUUCCUUCACCCCAUCCCACUUAAAGGGACUUGUCAAAAUUCCAAAUGUCAACCCCCACGUUAAGAAAUAGGGAAAGCUCAAGACAUUUCAUUUUAAUAGGUACUAACAAACAUGCAGUUUAUUACCUUGCAGUAUAAAAUACAUCUACAUUAAGGUUCUCCCAAAUGGAAAAACUGACCGCAACUGCAUUCCUUGUUCAGAGCUAUGAAACAAACCAGGAAGAUAAUUAUUAGAGUUAUUAUGAAAAUUAAAAAAAAAAAAAAUACAAAAGAAAAAAAAAAGGUUAAAAAAAAGGCAAAAAAACAAAGGCAAAAAAAAGAGCUUCUUUAAAUUUUCAAGACAUGAUUUAAUUUAGAUGCAUUUCUGCUAAUAAUAAAGAUAGCCUCUUAUAGAAAGAUGAAAAAAAAAACAUUUUCCUGAAGCCUGGAUAGAGGUUCUUUACUGUUUCACCUCCUCCUAAAAUUCAAAUCCCACGUUCCCAGCGAUCAUGUACAUUUCUCACUAGGGCUGGAACGGGGAGGGACAAGCUCCUGGAAAUAAAAAUUUUAAAUAAUAAUCGGACAUGGACCCAAGCAGAAAGUGAAAAACGUUACCGUUAGGCUGGAGAAAUAUUUAUUUAAUCAAAGCAGAGGUUCUGGUGGGACUGGAGGAAUGUUGCAUCCUCUCCUAAAAAAAAAAAAAAAAAAAAAAAAAAAAAAAAGGAAAAAAAAAAAAAAGAAAAAGAAAAAAGGGGGAAAAAAGAGGAGGGGGUGGGGGGAAGAAAAGAGAAAGCAAGAAAGAAAAAAGGCAGAGGCACAGCCGCCUCCUGGAGUUCCCCAUUGUCCGGGGCUAUAGAGAGCCCCAGAAUGGCAUUAAACUCACAAAAGGCACAUUGUGCGGGGGACAAAAAAAGCCCCUUCUUCUACAAUAACUUUUAGCUUCUUAUUUUUAGAAAAUGACAAAGCUGUUGUCAGCGAUGGCUGGUGAAACCUGUAGCCCGGCUCCCAGCGCGGCCGGCCGCGGCCGCAUUGAUCCGCCGGCCCGCUCGCAGCGGCGGCCGCCAAGUUUGAGCGGGGCCGCGCCGCGGGGAUGCCGCGGGGAUGCCGCGGGCGGCGGCCGCGGGGCCGGCGCGCAAAGUUGCGCUCGCUGCCGGACUCAACUUUCCCGGCGGCUCCCGGGGAAACUUCGGCGGCGGCGGCGGGGGUCGGCCCGCCCCGGCUGUGCCUGUGCCCUGCGCGGGGCGGCGCGGCCCCGCCCGGGGCGCGGGGGCAGGUGGCCCCGCGGAGGUCCCGCGGAGCGGAGCGGUGCGAGCGGAGCCGCCGGCCGGCCCCGCGCCCCCUGCCCUGCCCGGCUCAGCCCGGCUCGGCCCGGCCCGGCACGGCGCUGCGCGGGGCAGCGCGGCGGGGCGCGGAGCGGGGCCGGGCCGGGCCCCCCCGCCGCGGGCUGGGGGCCGGCCGCUUGCCCCAAGUUUCGGUGCGGCGCCGCCGCCGCCGCGCUCCCCCCGCCCGCUCCUGCGCGCUCGCUCCCUCCCCCGCCGCCUGGGCUGAAUCUUAUUGAUCCAGAAGGUGGCUAAUUAGCCCUUCCCGUCGUGCCUGGGUAAUGAGGCACAUGCGCACUGCACUAAUCAGCCAUUUUUUGCAGGAAACUAAUUAGCAGAAUAAAGAUCCAAAGAGUUUUUUUUCUUCCCAAUCAUCAGAUCUGAGUCCGGGCGCUUCCUGCUCCGGCGACCGCCAGCCCCGCCGCCCGCUCCGCGCCCGCCGCCCGCUCCGCUCCGCGCCCGCCGCUCCGCCCCGACCCGCCGCCGCCGCUGCUGCUGCCGCCGCCCGCGGCCCCCUCUCUCCGGGGGGCUGCAAACUCCCCGACAACGAUGCUGCUGCUGGGCAGCGGCGGCGGCGGCGGCGGCUCCCGCUCGGCUCCGGCUGCUGCCCCCGGCUCCCGCUGCUGCUGCCCCGGGCCCCUCCGCGGAGCCCCGCGCUCCUGCCGCCGCAGCCGCCGCAGCCUGCAUGGGAUCUGUAGCCCCCGCGCCGCCGCCCGGGAUUAAAAGCGCCGCCGCCGCCGGAGCAGCGACCGCGUCGGAGCCGUAGCGGGUGCAAUGAGCGCUCCGUGCCGGCCCUGCCAUGGAAGGCUGUGACUCGCCCGUCAUCCCCGGCAAGGACAAUGGCUGCGGCAUCCCCCAGCACCAGCAAUGGACUGAUCUCAGCAGCGCGCACCUCCCCGAGCCGGCCGGCAGCAUGGAGCAGCCGGCGGAGAGCUGCGGCCCCCUGGACGGCCUGAGGGUGCCGGCGGCCGAGCGCGGCGCCGAGGGCGGCGAGCCCGCGGGCCGGGAGCUGAGCUGCGGCCAGUGCGCGGCCUCCUUCGCCGGCCUGCAGAGCUACAUGGAGCACCGCUGCGCCGGCGCCCGCCCGGGCCCACCGCCACCGCCGCGCGGGGACAGCGGCACCGACAGCAGCGAGGACGGCGACGACGAGAGCGACGUGGAGAACCUGGCCGGCGAGAUCGUCUACCAGCCCGACGGCUCGGCCUACAUCGUGGAGAGCCUCAGCCAGCUGGCGCAGGGCGGCGGCGCCGGCGGCAGCGGGGCGCUCCCCUCGCUGCUCCCCAACUCCCUGCCCAAGCAGGGAGAGCCCUCCGCCGCCGCCCCCGUCUACCCGCAGAUCAUCAACACUUUCCACAUAGCCUCAUCCUUCGGGAAGUGGUUUGAGGGCUCAGACCAGGCCUUCCCGAAUACCUCAGCCCUGGCGGGCGUCAGCCCCGUCCUGCACAGCUUCCGCGUCUUCGAUGUGCGACACAAAAGCAACAAGGAUUACCUGAACAGCGACGGUUCUGCCAAAAGCUCCUGCGUAUCCAAAGAUGUUCCCAACAAUGUGGACCUGUCCAAAUUCGAUGGCUUUGUGCUCUACGGGAAGAGGAAGCCCAUCCUGAUGUGUUUCUUGUGCAAGCUCUCCUUUGGGUAUGUCCGCUCGUUCGUGACCCAUGCCGUGCACGACCACCGAAUGACUCUGAGUGAGGAGGAGCGGAAAAUUCUUAGCAAUAAGAACAUCUCCGCUAUCAUCCAAGGGAUAGGCAAAGACAAGGAACCCCUUGUCAGCUUUCUGGAACCAAAAAACAAAACCUUUCAGCACCCUCUCGUUUCCGCAGCUAACCUCAUAGGCCCUGGACACAGUUUUUAUGGUAAAUUCAGUGGCAUUUGCAUGGAAGGUGAGCAGGCCCUCCAGGCCGGGGCGGCCGGCGGAGCCGAGCCACCGGCAGCGGGUGUCCUGGCCCCCAGUGCACUCCUCAACCUGGGUGGGCUGACCAGCUCGGCUCUGAAGACUCCCAUUACCUCAGUCCCCCUGGGCCCGCUGGCUUCCAGUCCCACCAAAUCCUCGGAGGGGAAGGACCCUGGGGUGGCAGGGGGGGAGAAACAAGAGGGGGACGACCAGGACAGCCUCUCGGAAAAGGUGGAGCCGGCCGAGGAGGUAGAAGAGGAGGAGGAGGAGGAUGUGGAAGAGGAGGAGGAGGAAGAGGAGGAGGAGGAAGAGGAAGAAGAUGAGGAUGAUGAGGGUUGCAAAGGACUAUUUCCAAACGAGUUGGAGGAUGAACUGGAGGACCGGCCCCAGGAGGAUGUUGGGGCUGUGGCAGGCAGUGGCAGCAGCAAAAAGGACCUUGCUCUCUCAAACCAAAGCAUUUCUAACUCUCCCUUAAUGCCUAACGUGCUCCAGACCCUGUCACGGGGCACGGCUUCUACUAGUUCUAAUUCUGCUUCUUCCUUUGUCUUUGAUGGUGCAAACAGGAGGAAUCACUUAAGCUUUAACAAUGAGGGCGGCGGCGCCAGUGUGGCCGAGGGCAGCAGGAGGCUGGACUUCAUCGAUGAAAGUGCCAAUAAAGACAAUGCCACAGCACCAGAACCAAAUGAGAGUGCAGAGGGCGAGGACGGGAGCUACAUCUCCCAUCACCAGCACGCUGGCCCCCUCUGCGAGCUGGGGGGAGGCGAGUGCCCCUCGGGCAGCGGCGUGGAGUGCCCCAAGUGCGACACGGUGCUGGGCUCCUCGCGGUCGCUGGGCGGCCACAUGACCAUGAUGCAUUCUCGCAACUCGUGCAAGACACUCAAGUGUCCCAAGUGCAAUUGGCACUACAAGUACCAGCAGACGCUUGAGGCGCACAUGAAGGAGAAGCACCCCGAGCCGGGCGGCUCCUGCGUCUACUGCAAGAGCGGGCAGCCGCACCCGCGGCUGGCGCGCGGCGAGAGCUACACCUGUGGUUACAAACCCUUCCGCUGCGAGGUCUGUAACUACUCCACAACUACCAAAGGCAACCUCAGUAUUCAUAUGCAGUCCGACAAGCAUCUCAACAACAUGCAGAACCUGCAGAACGGAGGGGGAGAGCAAGUCUUCAGCCACACGGCGGGGGCGGCGGCGGCGGCUGCGGCUGCGGCGGCGGCCGCCAACAUCGGCAGCACCUGCGGGGCUCCCUCCCCCACCAAACCAAAAACCAAACCCACGUGGCGCUGCGAGGUGUGCGACUACGAGACCAACGUGGCCAGGAACCUUCGGAUUCACAUGACCAGUGAGAAGCACAUGCACAAUAUGAUGCUGCUUCAGCAGAACAUGUCCCAGAUCCAACACAACCGGCACCUGGGCCUCGGCAGCCUGCCGUCCCCCGCCGAGGCCGAGCUCUACCAGUACUACCUGGCGCAGAACAUGAACCUGCCCAACCUGAAGAUGGACAGCACUUCCUCGGAUGCACAGUUCAUGAUGGGGGGGUUCCAGCUCGAUCCCGCCAGCCCCAUGGCGACCAUGGCUCCGUCUCUAGUGGGUGGCGAGAUCCCGCUGGACAUGCGUCUGGGCGGCGGGCAGCUGGUGUCUGAGGAGCUGAUGAACCUGGGGGAGAGCUUCACGCAGACCAACGACCCGUCCCUGAAGCUCUUCCAGUGCGCCGUGUGCAACAAGUUCACGACAGAUAACUUGGACAUGCUGGGGCUGCACAUGAACGUGGAGCGCAGCCUGCCCGAGGACGAGUGGAAGGCGGUGCUGGGCGACUCGUACCAGUGCAAGCUGUGCCGCUACAACACGCAGCUCAAGGCCAACUUCCAGCUGCACUGCAAGACGGACAAGCACGUGCAGAAGUACCAGCUGGUGGCACACAUCAAGGAGGGGGGCAAGGCCAACGAGUGGAGGCUCAAGUGCGUGGCCAUCGGGAACCCGGUGCAUCUGAAGUGCAACGCGUGCGACUACUACACCAACAGCCUGGAGAAGCUGCGCCUGCACACCGUCAACUCGAGGCACGAGGCCAGCCUCAAGCUCUACAAGCACCUGCAGCACCACGAGAGCGGGCUGGAAGGGGAGAGCUGCUACUACCACUGCGUGCUGUGCACCUACUCCACCAAGGCCAAGCUGAACCUGCUGCAGCACGUGCGCUCCAUGAAGCACCAGCGCAGCGAGAGCCUGCGCAAGCUGCAGCGCCUGCAGAAGGGGCUGCCCGAGGAGGAGGAGGAGCUGGGCCAGAUCUUCACCAUCCGCAAGUGCCCGCCCGCCGAGGCUGAAGAACCCAGUGAAGAUGUGGAAGGGCCCAGUGACACAGCUGGUGAGGCUGAGGAGCCUCCCAAGGAGCCAGAGAGUGCAGGGGACAAGGACCAGAGUAAAUGGACAGCCCCAGCCAGCCAGCCAGAGAAGGAGCUGACAGAGCCCCCAGCAUCCUCUAAGAGGAUAUCGUUUCCCAGCAGCUCUGAGUCACCUCUCUCCUUUAAGUGGUCAAAAACUUCUGAGGAGACCAAAUCAGAGCAGGUGUACCAGUGUCCCUACUGCAAGUACAGCAACACGGACGUGAACCGGCUGCGCGUGCACGCCAUGAGCCAGCACUCGCUGCAGCCCAUGCUGCGCUGCCCCCUCUGCCAGGACAUGCUCAACAACAAGAUCCACCUGCAGCUGCACCUCACCCACCUGCACAGCGUGGCACCCGACUGCGUCGAGAAGCUCAUCCUGACGGUGACAACCCCUGAGGUGAUGAUGCCCAGCAGCAUGUUCCUCCCAGCAGCUGCUCCAGAGAAGGAUGGGAACUCAGGCACAGAGGAGCUGGGGAAACCGUCUGAGGUCUCUGAGGAUGCGGGGAAGAGCCUCGUGCCGCCGGACAGCGCGGAGCACGGUGGGGACGCCAAGCCCGCGGCGGAGCCGGGCCAGGCCCGCGAGGACUCUGCCUUCCUGUGCUGGAAGAAGGGCUGCAGCCAGGUGUUCAAGAGCUCGGCAGCCCUGCAGACACACUUCAACGACGUGCACGCCAAGCGGCCCCAGCUGCCGGUGUCCGACCGCCAUGUCUACAAGUACCGCUGCAACCAGUGCAGCCUGGCCUUCAAAACCAUCGAGAAGCUGCAGCUGCACUCGCAGUACCACGUCAUCCGGGCAGCCACCAUGUGCUGCCUCUGCCAGCGCAGCUUCCGCACCUUCCAGGCGCUGAAGAAGCACCUGGAGACCAGCCACCUGGAGCUGAGCGAGGCCGACAUCCAGCAGCUCUACGGGGGGCUCCUGGUCAACGGGGACCUCCUUGCCAUGGGGGACCCCUCCCUGGCCGAGGACCACACCAUAAUAGUGGAGGAGGACAAGGAAGAGGAGAGCGACCUGGAAGAGAAGCAGAGCCCAACAGGCAGCGAUUCGGGGUCGGUGCAAGAGGACUCUGGCUCAGAACCAAAAAGGGCCUUACCCUUCAGGAAGGGCCCGAACUUCACUAUGGAGAAAUUUCUAGAUCCAUCUCGCCCAUACAAGUGCACGGUCUGCAAGGAGUCCUUCACGCAGAAGAACAUUCUCCUGGUACAUUACAAUUCCGUUUCUCAUCUGCAUAAACUGAAACGAGCCCUCCAAGAGUCUGCUACUGGGCAGCCUGAGCCUACCAGCAGCCCAGACAACAAACCUUUCAAGUGCAACACCUGCAACGUGGCCUACAGCCAGAGCUCCACUCUGGAGAUCCACAUGAGGUCGGUCCUGCACCAGACCAAGGCUCGCGCGGCCAAGCUGGAGGCGGCCAGCGGCAGCAACGGCGCCGGCGGCGGCAGCAGCAGCAGCAGCCUCUCCCUGGGCUCGUCCACGCCGAGCCCCGUCAGUGCCAGCAGCAGCAAUGCUUUUGCAACCACCAGCACGAGCACUUCAGGCACCGCUCCCAUUCCCAGCCUGCUCACCCAGGUCUCCAGUGACAGUGUGGGAAUCCCCCCCUUGGGUAACGCUGUAAGCACUAACAUCUCCUCCCCUGCGGAGCCCAAGGAGGUGAACCGCAAGAAGCUGGCAGACAUGAUUGCAUCCAGGCAGCAGCAGCAGCAGCAGCAGCAGCAGCAGCAGCAGCAGCAGCAGCAGCAGCAACAAGCUCAAACCUUGGCACAGGCACAGGUCCAGGCCCACCUGCAGCAGGAGCUGCAGCAGCAAGCUGCUCUCCUGCAGUCCCAGCUCUUCAACCCAGCACUUUUGCCGCACUUUCCGAUGACCACUGAGACCCUUCUGCAGCUGCAGCAGCAGCAGCAUCUUCUGUUCCCAUUCUACAUCCCCAGUGCUGAGUUCCAGCUCAAUCCAGAAGUCAGCUUGCCUGCCACCAGUGGUGCACUGACACUGACUGGGACGGGUCCAAGUUUGCUGGAGGACCUGAAGGCACAAGUUCAGCUCCCUCAGCAGAGCCAUCCUCAGCUCUUGCAGCAGCAGCAAGGUCAGCUGUCCUUGUCACAACCCCACUCCGUCCUAUUACAGCAGAACCAGCACCCAGAGAAGAAGAAUAAAUCUGUAGUGAAGGAGAAAGAUAAAGAAACCCCACGGGAAAGGGAAAGCUCAGAGAGGGGAGACAACAAUGUGACGCUGAAGGAGUCUCUUCCUGAUAACUUAAAGCCCAAAGAGAAGAAGGACUUUGUGCCAGGCAGCAGUUCAGAGCCUUCCAUACUGCCUCCACGGAUUGCUUCCGACGCCAGGGGCAACGCCACCAAAGCCUUGCUGGAAAACUUCGGCUUUGAACUUGUCAUUCAGUACAAUGAGAACAAGCAGAAGGGGCAGAAGAAAAAUGGGAAGACAGAGCAAGGUGAGAACUUGGAAAAGCUGGAGUGCGAUACGUGCGGCAAGUUCUUCUCCAACAUCCUCAUCCUGAAGAGCCACCAGGAGCACGUUCACCAACAUUACUUUCCGUUCAAGCAGCUGGAGCGGUUUGCCAAGCAGUACAGGGAGCACUACGACAAGCUGUACCCGCUGCGGCCGCAGACCCCCGAGCCGCCGCCGCCGCCGCUGCCCCCCGCCCCUGCCCAGCCGGCAGCCGCUCCCGCCAUCCCCGCCUCCGCGCCGCCCAUCACCUCGCCCACCAUCGCCCCGGCACAGCCGGCCGUGCCGCUCACCCAGCUCUCCAUGCCCAUGGAGCUGCCCAUCUUCUCGCCGCUCAUGAUGCAGACCAUGCCCCUGCAGACGUUACCGGCGCAGCUGCCGCCCCAGCUGGGCCCCGUGGAGCCGCUGCCCGCCGACCUGGCCCAGCUGUACCAGCACCAGCUCAACCCCAGCCUUCUCCAGCAGCAGCAGAACAAGAGGCCGCGCACGCGGAUCACCGACGACCAGCUCAGAGUCCUUCGGCAGUAUUUCGACAUUAACAAUUCCCCGAGUGAGGAGCAGAUCAAAGAGAUGGCAGACAAGUCUGGCUUGCCCCAGAAAGUGAUCAAGCACUGGUUCAGAAACACGCUGUUCAAGGAGCGCCAGCGCAACAAGGACUCUCCGUACAACUUCAGCAACCCCCCCAUUACCAGCCUGGAGGAGCUGAAGAUUGACUCGCGGCCCCCUUCCCCAGAGCCGCAGAAGCAGGAGUACUGGGGCAGCAAGCGCUCUUCUCGGACGCGCUUCACCGACUACCAGCUCAGAGUCCUGCAAGACUUCUUCGAUGCCAAUGCUUACCCAAAGGAUGAUGAAUUUGAGCAGCUUUCUAACUUGCUGAACCUCCCAACACGGGUCAUAGUGGUGUGGUUUCAGAAUGCCCGUCAGAAAGCUCGGAAAAAUUACGAGAAUCAGGGAGAGGGCAAGGACGGGGAGCGACGGGAGCUCACAAAUGACAGGUACAUCAGAACGAGCAACUUGAACUACCAGUGCAAAAAGUGCAGUCUGGUCUUCCAGCGCAUUUUUGAUCUCAUUAAACACCAGAAAAAGCUUUGUUACAAAGAUGAGGAUGAGGAUGGACAGGACGAUAGCCAGAACGAAGACUCUAUGGAUGCAAUAGAGCUCUUGACUCCAACCAGUUCCUCCUGCAGCACACCAAUGCCCUCACAAGCUUACAGCACACCCACAUCUUCAGCCAACGCCACCUCCUCAGCUUUUCUGCAGCUCACGGCAGAGGCAGACGAUUCCUCCACCUUUAGUUCUAAAGUAGAAGCUACAGAUGAGAAACCAAAGCAGUCUGAACCUCCAAGUACACAGCAAAACCAAACCCAAGAGAAGCAAGUGCAACCAAAGCAAGAGCCUCAGCAGCAACAGGACCAAGGAGAACAAAAGACAAGUUCAGCACACCAAAAGAUUUCACAGUUAUCCUCCCCCUCUUCGCUGCAACAGCCACCUCCUCCUCAGCCCCCUCAGUGCUCCUUGUCACAGUCAAGUCCAAGUCCAUCUCAGCUCUCACACCUCUCCCUCAAACCCAUUCACACGUCCACCCCUCAGCAGCUGGCAAACCUACCUCCUCAGCUAAUCCCAUACCAGUGUGACCAGUGUAAACUGGCCUUUCCUUCCUUCGAGCAUUGGCAGGAACAUCAGCAGCUCCAUUUCCUGAGUGCCCAGAACCAGUUUAUCCACCCCCCAUUCCUGGACAGAACACUGGAUAUGCCAUUCAUGCUUUUUGACCCCAGUAACCCGCUGCUGGCGAGCCAGCUGCUGUCUGGAACAUUGCCACAGAUUCCAGCGAGCUCCGCCACCUCGCCGUCCACCCCCACAUCCACCAUGAACACGCUCAAGAGAAAGCUGGAGGAGAAGGCCAGUGCGAGCCCUGGAGAGAACGACAGCGGGACGGGCGGGGAAGAGCCCCAGAGGGAUAAGCGUCUGAGGACAACCAUCACCCCGGAGCAGCUGGAAAUCCUGUACCAGAAAUACCUGCUGGACUCCAACCCCACGCGGAAGAUGCUGGAUCACAUUGCACACGAAGUGGGCCUGAAGAAGCGCGUGGUGCAGGUUUGGUUCCAGAACACGCGUGCACGAGAGAGGAAGGGGCAGUUCAGGGCCGUGGGGCCUGCCCAAGCCCACAGGCGCUGUCCCUUCUGCCGGGCUCUCUUCAAGGCCAAGACAGCUCUGGAAGCUCACAUCAGGUCCCGCCACUGGCACGAGGCCAAGCGCGCUGGGUACAACCUGACGCUGUCUGCCAUGCUCCUGGACUGCGACGGGGGCCUCCAGAUGAAAGGAGACAUCUUCGAUGGAGCCGGCUUUUCCCACAUGCCACCUGCAAGCAGCGACGGGCAGAGCGUUCCCCUGUCCCCCGUGAGCAAGAGCAUGGAGCUGUCACCCAGAACCCUGCUGAGCCCGUCCUCCAUCAAGGUGGAAGGGGUUGAAGACUUUGAGAGUCCCUCCAUGUCCUCAGUCAACCUGAACUUUGACCAGACGAAGCUGGACAACGAUGACUGCUCCUCCGUGAACACGGCCAUCACAGACACCACCACGGGAGACGAGGGGAAUGCCGACAACGACAGCGCCACAGGGAUUGCCACCGAAACCAAAUCGGCGUCGGGGCCCGGCGAAGGGCUGACUAAAGCAGCCAUGAUAGCCAUGUCUGAGUACGAAGAUCGCCUGUCUUCUGGCCUGGUCAGCCCGGCUCCCAGCUUCUACAGCAAAGAGUACGACAACGAAGGUACCGUGGACUACAGCGAAACCUCCAGCCUUGCAGACCCCUGCUCGCCCAGCCCCGGGGCCAGCGGCUCAGCCAGCAAGGCUGGCGACAGCGGGGACCGGCCCGGGCAGAAACGCUUCCGCACUCAGAUGACAAACCUCCAGCUCAAGGUUCUGAAGUCGUGCUUUAAUGACUACAGGACGCCGACCAUGCUGGAGUGUGAGGUCCUGGGCAAUGACAUUGGACUGCCAAAGAGAGUUGUUCAGGUCUGGUUCCAGAAUGCGAGGGCGAAAGAGAAGAAGUCCAAACUCAGCAUGGCCAAGCAUUUUGGUAUAAACCAAACGAGUUACGAGGGUCCCAAAACAGAGUGCACUUUGUGUGGCAUCAAGUACAGCGCUCGGCUGUCUGUACGUGACCAUAUCUUCUCUCAACAGCAUAUCUCCAAAGUUAAAGAAACCAUUGGAAGUCAGUUGGAUAAGGAAAAGGAGUAUUUUGACCCAGCUACUGUCCGUCAGUUGAUGGCUCAGCAGGAGCUGGACCGAAUCAAAAAAGCCAACGAGGUUCUUGGUCUGGCAGCUCAGCAGCAGGGCAUGUUUGACAGCACGCCCCUGCAGGCUCUGAACCUUCCUGCUGCCUACCCAGCGCUACAGGGCAUCCCUCCAGUCCUGCUCCCAGGCCUCAACAGCCCAUCCUUACCUGGCUUCACUCCAUCCAACACAGCUUUAACUUCUCCCAAACCCAACCUGAUGGGCCUGCCCAGCACAAGCGUCCCUUCACCCGGCCUCCCCACCUCCGGAUUACCAAAUAAGCCGCCGCCGGCCGCGCUGAGCUCGCCCAGCCCGGCGCAGGGCGCGGCCCCUCAGCAGCCGCCGGCCCCGCAGCCGCCGCCGCAGCCGCAGCCGCAGGCAGCGCCCGCGCCGCGCAAGGAGAAGGAGAGCGAGAAGGCCAAGGAGAAGGAGAAGGCAGCCAAGGGGAAGGGGGACGCCGCGCCCGGGCCCAAGAAGGAGAAGGGGGAGGCGGCGGCGGGCGGCCUGGCGGCCCCGCUGCCCGCCAUGGAGUACGCGGUGGAGCCCGCGCAGCUGCAGGCGCUGCAGGCCGCCCUCAACUCGGACCCCACCACCCUGCUGACCAGCCAGUUCCUUCCGUACUUCGUCCCCGGCUUUUCCCCCUACUACGCCCCGCAGAUCCCCGGCACCCUGCAGAGCGGGUACCUGCAGCCCAUGUACGGCAUGGAGGGGCUGUUCCCCUACAGCCCUGCCCUGUCCCAGGCGCUGCUGGGGCUGUCUCCUGGCUCCCUGCUGCAGCAGUACCAGCAAUACCAGCAGAGUCUGCAGGAGGCAUUGCAGCAGCAGCAGCGACAGCAGCAGCAGCAGCAGCAGCAGCAGCAGCAGCAGCAGAAACCGCAGCAGCCCAAAGGAAGCCAAACCCCCGUCCCCACGGGGGCUGCCACCCCGGACAAAGACCCUGCCAAAGAACCCCCCAAGCAAGAAGAGCAGAAGAACGCACCCCGCGAGGUGUCCCCCCUCCUGCCCAAACCCCAAGAAGAGCCCGAAGCGGAAGGCAAGGGCGCGGACUCGCUCUGCGACCCUUUCAUCGUCCCAAAGGUGCAGUACAAGCUGGUCUGCCGCAAGUGCCAGGCGUGCUUCGGCGACCAGGAGGCGGCCAGCGACCACCUGAAGUCCCUCUGCUUCUUCGGCCAGUCUGUGGCGAACCUGCAUGAGAUGGUGCUUCACGUGCCCACGGGCAGCGGCCAGGGCAGCGGCUCGUACCAGUGCGUGGCGUGCGACAGCACGGUGUGUGGGGACGAGGCCCUCGGCCAGCAUCUCGAGUCGGCCCCGCACAAACACCGAACAAUCACAAGAGCAGCAAGAAACGCCAAAGAGCACCCCAGUCUAUUACCUCACUCUGCCUGCCCCCCCGACCCCAGCACCGCAUCUACCUCGCAGCCGGCCGCUCACUCAAACGACAGCCCCCCAGCCCCCCGGCCCGCCCCGGCUUCCCCCCACGCCUCCAGACCGCCCUGGCCCCCGGCAGGGCCGCCGCCAACGCCGCCCUUCCCUCCUCUCUCCUCAUCUUCAACGGUUACCUCAAGUUCAUGCAGCACCUCAGGGGUUCAGCCCUCGAUGCCAACAGACGACUAUUCGGAGGAGUCUGACACGGAUCUUAGCCAAAAGUCAGAUGGACCGGCGAGCCCGGCCGAGGGGCCCCAGGACCCCGGCUGCCCUAAGGACAGUGGUCUAGCUAGCAUAGGAAUGGACACCUUCAGAUUGUAAGCUUUGAAGAUGAACAAUGAAAAUGAAUUUAAAUAAUUAAAAAAAAAAAAAAGUUAAUAACAAACCAAUUUCAAAAAUAGACUAACUGCAAUUCCAAAGCUUCUAACCAAAAAAAAAAAAAAAAAGAAAAAAGAAAAAAAGAAAAAGCGUGGGUUGUUUUCCCAUAUAACGAUGCCGGUGGGUUUUACAUUUCUUUUUUCCUUUCCUUUUAAUAAAAUAAAACUUUAAAAAAUAAUAAUAAAAAAAAUAUUAAAAAAAAAAACUCUGUUACAUUUGUCCUCUGGAAGGUACUGUUGGUCUGGGAGACGAAGGCCGUGCUGCCUCCUGGCGCCUGCGGAGCUCGCACCCCUGUACAUUGCCCCGUCUGGUCCCCCUCGAUAGCACAGCAGAGCCCGGCAGCGCUGUAUGGGAAAGCAGCCCACCUGGAGACAGUUUUAAAUUUCUUGCUAUCUUAGCAUUCAGAUACCAAUGGCUUGCUAAAAAGAAAAAAGAAAUGUAAUGUCUUUUUAUUCUCAGGUCAAUCGCUCACACUUUGUUCUGUUUUCAGAAUCAUUGUUUUAUAUAUAUAUAUAUAUAUAUAUAUACAUAUAUAUAUAAUUUCUUUCGUUUGUUUUGGGGGUUUUGUUUUGGUUUGGUUUUGUUCCAGAAAAGGAUUUUUUUUUGUUGUUGGUUUUUUUUUGUUUGUUUUUCAGGGGGGGUUUUGUUAAUUUAAAAUGGGCAGAAAGUAUUCAAGAGAAAAACAAUGUGAACUGCUUUAGCUUUUCGGGGAUUUUAAGGGUAGCUUUUCUGCUGAAGCCAAUUCCAAGGGGAAAAGUAAAGCACUCCCACUUUUCAGAAAAAAAAAAAAAAUCCACACAAAGAGUGUUGAGGACUUGGAGCUUAAAAAAAUAAGUUUUAAAACAACUGACUUUCUGUAUUUAUGAUAGAUAUGACCAUUUUUGGUGUUGAGUAGAUUGUUGCAUUGGAAAUGAACUGAAGCAGUAUGGUAGAUUUAAAAGAAAAAACCCUUUUGUGUACAUUUAGCUUUUGUAUGGUCCAGCUGACGGCUUCUCAUUUGAUGUUGUCUUGUUCAUUCCUAGACAGAUAGAUUGCGAUCCAUCGACUCGCCUGAGCUUUUCUCCCCUUUGUACCUUUAUCCCCGUCCCCAUCCUGUAAUCUUCCACUUAUGGUUGCUACCUUCAUUUCUUAGAGGGUGGUUGCAUAAUUAUUUUAUAAAAACUAAAGAAAGAAGUUCAAAGGGUUUUGGGGGUCAGUAGGAUCCCUUGCAGAAUAUUUUUUGUUGGGGGUUUGAAACUUUUUAAGGCAUAUACAUGCGAUUUACCUAUGUCUGUUACCCUUGUGCACUUAUUUUAUUCUUAUUUUCCGUUUCUCUUUUUUUCUUCUCUUUUUCUUCCCCUCUUCCUUUACUCAUUUUGUAAAUGCUUCAAAGACUCUGUUCCUGACCUCUGAGCAUCGGUUCUGUUUGUGUAAUUAGGCUGCACUCUGUUCCUUCUUUUGGAAAAAAAAAAAAAAAAAAGGUUUUGUUACAUUUUUUUCUCUAAAGAAAAUUCAUGCUUUAAAUAAAAUCCAAAGACAUACCCUUCACCACUGGUGCAGAAUGAGCAAAAAGGAUUCUUUUUACUUGAGAAUUUGUUUCUGAUUUAAACAAACAAGUCUAAGUUUAAAUAAAGAAUAAAAAAACGUACCCAGGUUGUUAUCUGUGCUUCUUCUGCAAGCAGAGAGACAACUCUUAGCGAGCACCCAGUGCACCCCAGGCAGGUUUCUCUUCCCAAGAUCUCUCCGUGGCAGCAGAGGGUGCCAGGCUCAGGGAGCCCCCGGCCCCCAGCCCGCACGCACCUCAGCCGGCCCAGACUCUGAAAGGAAAACUUUAUGCUGCUAAAAUGUAGAUUUUGGAGACGUAGAUGCUUUGCUGUUCCCUUCCAUAACCAAAUGCCAACAGAAACAACCUCUCUCCACCACGUUUCCUCUGCCCAAAAGCACGAGAGCCUUCUGCCCACCAUCGUGAUCCUGCUCCUGCUUGGGAAGGGAGUUGGCAGACUGUGAGCAGGUUCCUCGGCCGCCGCUGCGGGCGAAGCCGCUCCCCAGAGACUGCAGCGCCCGGCACGAGCGCCUCCGGCUCCUAGCGGGACACUUAUAUUUUUAUGGAGUUUUGGUUUUAGUUUGAUGAAAGACUAGAUCCUGAACUGUUGUACAUAUUUCUGACUAGGCUAAUGCACAGUGCAAAUUCCUUUUUUAAUUGUUUUUUAAGUAGUUGAUACUAAAGCGCGAACCACCGGAUGUUCCUCCCGGGACCCAGCUGUAGCAUAAGGUGUCAAAAACAGAACCACGUACCCACGGAGCGUUUGCUGUUUUAACAAACUGUUUUCUUUAACAGAAGUUCUUGUAUUUCUCCCUGUGUUUGAGAUGAACAUUUUUUAAAUUCUAAAGUUGUACAGUUUUUUUUUUUCCAUUAUUUUAUCUUGUUUGUAAUUCUAUGAAAUAUAUAUAUAUAUUUUUUGCCAUUUAACUGUUGUAUGUUACUCUGUCUGUAUCAUAUAGAAAUUUUUUUGUUUUGUUUUGUUUUGGAUUCUCUCUGUGAUGCCAGUUCCUGGUUUAACACAAGCUUUAUCUGUCCGAUUCCGCAAGGUCUCUUUUGGAAAUCCUUUUCUUACGUCUUGUUUUGUUUCGUUUUUUUAAUUAUAUUGCUUGGUCAUAGUGCAAUUUCUCUCUCCUCCUUCCCCCUCCUCCUUCCCACCCACUAAAAGGUUUUAUAAAUUCAUUUCCUCGUAUUUUUUCUAAAUGUUUCUAGAGACUAUUUCAGUGCGAGGUUGCCUCCUCCUCCUCCGGGACCCGCGGCCACCCCCAGCCCACGCGUGGCCUUUCCAGCGAGCGGCAGGGCAGGGCCAGCCUGGGCACCAGGAAAACUCUUCAGACUUAGCAUUAAGCGGGUUUCUGUUUUAUUUUUAAUAAAAAGCUUUUUUAAGUGGUGAAGAUGGCCAAAGUUUGAUACAAUUGAGAAUAAAGAGAAGCAUCAGGGGUGUGCGGGGCCACCUGGGACUGGUGGGGGACGAGGUGGGUGGACACAGCCAGCACGCUCACCAAAAUAUAUUUUGCUUUAAAAAAAAAAAAAAAAGCUUUUAAAUAGAAGCAGAAGUUGGGUUGGUUGGUUGGUUGGUUGGUCGGUUGGUUGGUCAGUCAGUCGGUCGCUUGGUUGUUGGUUGGUCGCUUGGUUGGCGCUGAUACUGCCCACUGUGAAACAAAACUUUGACUAUUUUUUUGUUUUUAUUUGGGGGGGGGGGGCGAGUUUGGGUAGAACAGAAAGCAUAAAUAAGGUGAAGAGGGUUAUGAACAGCCUUUGCAAUGUACAAAAACUAGAGCAAGUGAAACCAAAAAUGAUGUUCUUGGUGUUUUUCUAUACUGUAGUCUUGUUAGCUUUUUUGUUACUGUAACAAUGCUGAUCUCGAACUGUACCAAAAUACAUGAGACUGACAGAAAACAACCACAUGGAACUUUCAAAACUCUAAAAAAAACUUGUCACAAAAGA